CUGAGCAACGUUACGCUUAUGCACAGUGAAGUGAUUCGUUAGAGGGGAUUCAGCCCCUUUUGGUGUGUUUGACGUCUCCCAGCUUGUACAUGUGCAUGGGCGGUUUGUUCUAUGUAUGUUUAAGGUCAUGUGGGUGAUGCUAAGCAUUUUAACAGUCACUGAUGGAGACUAAUUUAACUCUCUCGGUGGAGAUACAACAAACAAACAAUGUGAUGUGUGUGGAUUGUCCAAGAGCUUUCAAAGCACAAUCAGUGUCUCAUAAACUUACUUAAAUGUGCAUAUAGCGCACACACACACACACACACACACACACACACACUCCCAGCCAUACAUCAAGGUCAGUGUCAGGUUGAUAUAAAUAGAGCUUCUUGUUUAGUAGGACAUGAAAUAAGUCUCCCUCAAGUCUGAAAAUUUGCCCACUCGUUUGCCCUUCUCUGACAGAAACCUUGUUCUUGCCUUCAAACUUUAGAUUCAUUUCCUCUCCCUAAUAAAAAAAAAAAAAGGCACGUGCCUUCAAGAGCACCAGGACAGAUAUCACAAGGCCGCCCUCUUCUCCCCCUCCCUCACUAUGAAGCCUUCACAUCUGCGCUAGGCUUAUAAAAGCCCUUGUGGUCAUGUCGUCACAGUUAGUGGAGUUUAAUCUGCACCACUAUGGAGAAGAUGAAUAGUAAUGUUGGAGGGAAGGCCACAAAUGAAGAAAUGCUCCUGAAACAUCAGCAGCUCCUGCAGAAACAAAGAGAAGUCAUCGCCUACAGGAUGAAGAAACUGGCUGCUAAGCAGGUGGAGAUAACAAAAAAGUCCAACACAGUAAAGGAGAAAAUCAAGAAAAAGUAUGAGGACAUGAAACGCGUUCUGGAUGAGGAUCUUCGAAUCACGCUGACCCAGCUGGACACGGAGCUCGACGCCACAGAGAAGUUAGUGGAGGAGAGGAUAGAGGACUGUUAUCGCCUCACUCAGGAACUGGAUCUGGAAUUGUCCAACAUCGAGGCGCAAGUAAAAACACAAGAACUGGAUGUUCAGAAUGCCGACACAGAAAAAAGAAUAGCUGAGACUCUGAAGCGGACCGACCCGGAUCUCAUUCAGUUGGAUGAGUUCAAGAAUGAACAGCUACUGAGUCUUACCACCAACCUGCUGCUGUUCAUCAGAUCCCAGAUCCCUGUCACCAAAAAACUGCUUCAGAGCUAUGCUGCAGAUGUUGUCCUUGAUGCUGACACUGCCCACCCCAAGCUAAUCAUCUCUCCCGAGGGCGACUCAGCCACCUACACAGACACCUGGCAGGAUGUUCCAGAGACUCCCUCCCGUUUUGACACCACCCUAAAUGUAGUCAGCCGGCAAGGUUUCAGCAAAGGCCGCCAGUAUUGGGAGGUAGAGGUCAGCGGGAAGACCUACUGGGAGCUGGGCCUCACCUACCCGAGCAUCCCUCGCAAGGGCUGCGAGGAGGACUCCUGGCUGGGCCGAGGCAAAGAAUCUUGGUGUGUGGAAUACUUUAAUGGAGACUACACAGCCUGGCAUGGUGGUGUCCAGCAUGAGCUCCCUCUACUGGCAGGGAAGCAGUUCACUCGCAUUGGGGUGUACUGCAGCUUCCCUGGGGGUAUGGUGUGCUUUCUCGGAGCUGAUACCAUGACCCCCCUCCACUGCUUCUGUGCUGGGACCUUCACUGACACCCUACAUCAAGCAUUAUGUCCUGGUCACGACAACGACAGCACAAACUGGAAGUCCCUUAAGAUCUGCGAUGUCUCCCGAUCAGCUCCUGUUCUCUGAGGCAGGGCGGGAAGGCCUCAGGGACAGGAAGCAUGGAGCAGAAAUGUAGCCAGGAAUGCGUUGCGCUGUGGGGCAUGCGCAUCAGCCUGGCUGAUCUGACAUUCUUUACUGGUGACACAACGUCAGCUCUGGACGUUGUACGUGUCAGGCUAAAUUUGCCUAAGGGAAUUUUUAAAGUGAAUCUAUUUUAGAUGCCCAUGUCACGCCGUUCAUCUGGUCUAUUCACGCUUUUGCUUAUGGUGGACACACCAAAGACAACAUGAGGUUUGUCAGUGUAGUGUAGCGAAGCCUUUGUAUUUAAAAGUUUAUUUCUAAUGCUACGAUGAAUCAGAUUACUCAGAUAAGGAAUUGCAAAAGACAGAGAUUGACUUGGAAAAGAAAGUCAGGAGUCUUUAAUCAAGAAAUAUUAAGAAAUAACCAGUGAUAUGUUUUUGAAUACUGAAAAUUGAUUUGCAGACCAUUAAUUCUGAAAUUGUACUGAGGCUUUGACUGCAUAUUCAUAUUAGGAUCAAUUCAUUGUUGUUUUAGGUUUUCAUGAUAUUUCUUAACAAUAUGUUUAGAACACAGCCAACCUACUCUCCUAUUACUAAUAAGAUCAACAUCAAAUACUAUUACUACUAUCGCAAAUUGCUGUAUAUUAAACCUAACAAUGAGUAUAACUAACAAAAAAAUUUUUUUGUGUUUCAUCCUCAGUCUUAAAAAAACAGCAGCCUUUUAAUGUUCAAUGAUGUUGACAUAUGAGCAAGAAAAAUGACACCCAACUCUAUUGCACAAUAAAUUCUUUAUGUUUAAUACAAUAAAAUGUUUACAUAAGCA